UCAGUUGUUUCUAUUAGUUGGUCAGAAUUCGUGCAGUUGAUUCGUGUGUGUUCUUGUUUUAUCAAGACAUUUAUUCAAGUAAAGCAGAAUUUUGUUUUUAAAAAAGAAUUCAAAGCGAUGAAAAUUAAUUUUGAAAGUUCUAAUAAAAGUGCUCAAGACUAAAAUAAAAGAAAAUAUUUCAAAACAAAACUCGCACAGAAAAAUAAUGCGAAAUAUUUUUUUAGAAAAGAAUUCGAUGUCUUCUCUUUCAUUGUUCCAGACAUGUUUUUAAUUUGCAAUUAAACUCACACACACGAGUGAGUUGAAGAACUCUUUUUUAAUGAUCGCAGACGAAAGAACAAGAUUGAGCAAAUAAAUAAUGACGAGCUUAGGAAUAAAACAUUCCUGUACAUAGCAGAUAUCUUCACAGCAAGUAAGAAGAAAAGAAAAAUAACAUUUUAAAAAAGCUAAGCUGCAAAAAAAUAAAGAAUGAAGACGAAAACGUAAAUUAUCAAUCAUCUGAAUCAGUGGUUGUGAAAAAUUUUAUGGAAAAAUCUCGUUGUGUAAAUAACACAUAAAAAUAAAAAGAAAAGAUGAAUGAAUUGUUUGAUAUCACAAGGACUGUUGAAAACAAAUUUGCAAACUCAUAAAUUGUGUCGAAAAGGAAAAAGAGAAUAUUUCAGAAAAUAACAAAUUAAAAUGAAUAGCCUUUGACAUCAUCUCUCAAGCGGAAAAAAAUGUAAUUAUCAAAGAGGGAAAGAUAGAAAAGAGAAACAACUUUCGAAGGACGAUGAAAAAUGUGAUUCCAUUCCGGCGUGGAGGACGAAAAGCAUGCUUAAUAUUUCGAAAGAAAAGUCGCGAAUAAUCAACACGAUACGAAGACGAACGUGAAAUAAUAAAAAAAAAAGAAGAAAAGUGUUUUGACUUAGACAUUUGUAGCAAAAUUUCAAAAGGAAAAUAACAAUAAUAUUUAAUAAAUAAAUCAUGUUGUGUCUACAAAAUAGAAAAAAAAGAAAUAGAAAGUAAAAUUUUAUCUUGUGACAUUAACCAGUGAAAGGUUUUCAGUUUAUGGAAGAAAAAGAAAAUUACAGUGGUUGUGAGAAGAAAAUUGUUUUAAUUAACUUUAAGAAGGUUGAAUAAUUGAAGAAAAUUAUAAUUAAAUAGCCGUCCUAAAUAUAAAUAUUUCGAGAGACUUAAAGCAUCAUCAUUUCGUAUUUAAAAUAUUCAGAAUUCUAUUGAGCACUUGAAGAACAAAAUAACGAGAUAAAAUAAACGAGUGAGAUUAGAAUUUACAUUUAAUGAUGAACAUUUGCUGUAGAUUCGAAACAGAAAGAUUUUAACAAUCAAACAUAAUAAUGUUCUGAACAAUAAAUAGAUAAUUGUUGUCAAAGUAACAUAAAAGAGAGUGAAAAUAAAAUAAAAUAAAAUAAAAUGGUUGUCAGUCCCGUUUAUUCCAUGAUGCCCGAAGUGAAAUUGAAAUCAAUUGAAUGCCAACACAAAUGACGAAAUAAUGUCUGUGGGUGGAUGAUGUAAAAAUCAGUGAAUGGGAAAAUAAAAUAAAGAAAAGAGAAAAAUAAAUAGAUAAUAAAUGUGUAAAAAUAUAUCUGAAAUAUAUUUUUUUAUGAAUUCGUUUACCAUGCGUAACACAAGAAUAAAAUCAAAAGCAUAAAGAAACAUAAUUCAAGAGAAGAUAUUUCAUUUUAACAAAAUAUUGUGCAAUUUAUUUGCAAUAUUUUCGGAUACAGAGAGAAAUUUCAUGGAUUUAAUUUACAAAGUGAGAGGAAUUUCGACAUCAAACAAAUGAAUAAGGUUCAAGCCGGCUUGCGACUACCGCUGACUGGACUGGCGCCACCAAGGCUACUUAUGUGCAGUGCAUCGAUGGGAGCAGAAGGUUCUGUGACAUUGCAACUUAGAGAAGCAGUACAAGCUCCCGUUUCGGAAUCUGGCACCACAAUAAAUAAUGUAACAAUCGGUUAUCCUGAUCCAGACGUUUUGGCCGAUAUGCUUGGUAUAUUUCAGGCUGGUGGAACUGAUGCAACAUUUGAUAUUGUCGAGAACGGUAAUCGACCGCAGAGCAUAGCGAAUGCGUUCUUCAAAGCAAACGGUUUAACUACCACAACAAUUAAUAAAACUGAAACAGUUGCUAAAGUAAUCGAGACUGUAGCAUCAUCAAGCGUGUCUCAUCAUACUCAAAAGAUUUCGCCGUCGUCAUCGACAGCAGCUUCAAUCGUAGUUUCAACACAACAGCCGCUUACUAUGACAACUUUGGCUACCACAGUUACUCCAUCAACCAAUUCCAAUUUACAUCAUGCUGCUGUUUCAUCAACGCCGGCUAAAAAACAAAGACCAAAAACAGCGUCACCAACGCGACAUGGUCCACAAGUAUGCCAGGUUUGUAGCAAAGUGUUUGGCAAUGCAUCGGCACUGGCAAAACACAAAUUAACCCACAGUGAUGAACGAAAAUAUGUUUGCGGUAUGUGCUCGAAAGCAUUCAAACGACAGGAUCAUUUAAAUGGUCACAUGUUGACACAUCGGAAUAAGAAACCGUAUGAGUGCAAGGCUGAAGGAUGUGGGAAAUCUUAUUGUGACGCUCGCUCCCUGAGACGUCACACCGAGAACCAUCAUAGUACGCUGGUUUUGACAACGUCUACAGCAUCAUCACAAAAUCAAUCUAACAGUAUGUCGUCUAAUAACACAAGCAGUGGCACAUCAACAAUUACCAAUCCCAGUUUAUCACCAGCAACAGCAAGCGGCGAUGCCAGUUCGCCACAUGGCGCCACUUGCAUACAAUAUCAGAUAAAUGGUGAUGGCAACACAAUAACUGCAAUCAAUUCUAAAUCUCCAUCGCCUAGUUCCCCUACGGGAACGAAUAAUGAAGGUUUAACACGUCAGCAGUUGGAUUUGAUUAGUCAAAUCAUGCAGCAAACGAAGCAAGCAAAUGGACAGAAAACAACCGUGCAACGACCGAGAACUUGGAAUAUGCAGACUCAGCUUCAGAAUGUAUCAAAGACAUCGUCGAGUCAUGAAAAUGUAAAGACAACUCAAGCAGCAUCACCAAAUAGUCAACAGAAUGGACAAAAAGCUGAACAGAAGCCAGUUGAGUGCAAUUUAUGCCAUCGAAAGUUUAAAAAUAUUCCAGCACUUAACGGGCACAUGCGACUUCAUGGUGGAUACUUCAAAAAAGACACAGACACAAAAAAAUCUGAUAAGAAAGAAUCGUCGGGGCCGCCUCUUCAAACAGCAAGCGUGGGUGUUCGAGCGCUUAUCGAAGAAAAAAUCAUCAACAAAAGAAGCAAAGACUUAAAGGGAGCGUUUGUCGUCCCAGCUGCUCCACUAUCCGCAACUCGGCGUCUCGCCGAAGCUGAAGCCUUUCUUAAUGCAAAGAAUGUAAACACACUAUCAAACACUAAUAACAACACGAUAAAAAUUGUGGCAUCUGGUAUAACAUCGACGUCUCUUAAUGGGCUAGCGAAACAGGCAAUUGUGCAACAAGUAGCACAGCAAACUUCUCCCUCGAGUCUCGUUCCAAAAGCACAGAUUUCACCGCUAUCAAGUGACAAAGAUGCUACAUUGAUUGAACUUCUUAAGCGUGGCACAAAAGUUGCUGUAAAAAGAACUUGCUCUGAUCCCGGUCAACAAACAUCAGCGGCACGAGUUAUUGUGCCAACAUCAAUUUCAUCUCCUGAGACAUCCUCUGUUGACUCAACGACGUCUCUUGUUUUGUCAAAUGGAUCAUCAAGUCCCUUGUCUUUAACAAUCUCUCAAGCACCGUCAACAUCUGGAUCUUCAGAUAUUUACACUCUUGCUUACUCGGGCAACAAUUCACCAUCGUUCCUUAGUGAUCAAGAUGUUUAUAAUGUUAAUGAUACUGCAAUGCUUUUACAAGCUGUCGAUUCUAUUCAAUUACUUCAAGAUAGUUCGACAUCUGAUCAACUUGAUGACAUUGGAUCGUUGAGCGAUUACACGUCAUUAUCAGAAAAUGUAUCAUUGAAUCAGAGCUUUACACCUUCGCGUCAAUUACAAGCUGUUUUGGAUUCACCGUUGCCUGAUUCCCUGGUCGAGUUUGGCACACUCAAUUCAAAAGAUUACAUGCUUUAUGGAAGUAAUGAAUCACCAACAACAUCGGCAUCGCCUUUGCCAUCACCUUAUCCAACACCUCCAGCUAGUCAUGAAACAAUUGCGCAAGCAUCGCCAUUCUUAGACGACUCCCAUCAUUUCUCCGAUGGCAGUACAUUUUUCCAUGAAGAUAAAAAGACAAAGAAUUUCCUGUUGGACGACAACAGUGAGUUCUUCUCGAAAAGUAUAAAAGACAAUAGCAACUUAACUGAAAGCGAACGAAUACUUCAGUUGAAGAACGAACUGUUCAAUGAUAGUAAGAACGUACUGGAGGAGACAAGUAACUUUUUCCGCACCAACAAAAGCAUUUUAGACGAACAUGAUCUCUUUAAAGGCGAUAAUAGUUUUUUAAAUAACGAUUCGAAAACAUUCAUCGGUGAUAACAGUGCCAAAUUACAAGAUUUUAAUCAAAAUUUAGAUUUCUUAGAUGAAGCGCAAGCAUUUAAUAUUGACGAUGAUCGUAAUACGUCGUCGCCUUUGUCAGCCGCUUUCUUUUCUGCUGCUAUGUCAACAGCUGAAGAAGUAAAAGAAGCACUUGACGAGAUUCUACCAAAUGAAGAUGAUGGUGCUGGCCCCAAUGAAAUCAGUGAUAAUAGCGAUAAGAAUAUUUUAAAUGUACAAACCCAGCAAAUCCUAACGAAGGAGAAUAUUGGUUCAGUCUUCCUGAGUCCCAACAGCAUAUCAUCGAGCGGUUCAUCACCAAAGCUCCAUUGUGCAUUAGUGUCAAAGAAGAAAAUGCAAAUUGAUGGCACAACCGUAAAAAAACACGAACAGUUCAAAUCAAAUAUGAAGAAAACAUCACAACUUCAUUAUACGCCAUCACCAAUGCUUAAUCCCGAACGUCAAGGUAAUGGAUUAUUCUCGAGAACAUCUGUAGAUAAAUUAAUUGACGUUGACGAUGAAGAAGUAAAUGUGAUUGAUUUCUUUGAAAAGCCGAGGGUCAAUAUCGGUUCAGAUUAUCAAGUGUCUUUAUCAACGGACAUUAUUUCAUUGCAAUAUGAUGAAAAUAAACCUUACGAAACGUUACUGUGGAAACCAAAUGUACUUGAGGACAAUCGUCAAUUAGAUCGCUUCAUUGAUUUGGCGAAAUCGUCAGCUGUGAUGAUGGGCUUGCAUUCAAUUGAGUCAGCUCUAAAGGUGUUGAUGGAGUCACAGGGAGAAGUUCAUGUAGCAGUUCUAAAGCUCUUACAAGCACCAGAUGUGAGUCUUGACAAACGUUGGACACAAAAUGAAAUGGAGAAAUUUUUGAAAGGUUUAGAAAGGUAUGGAAAAGAUUUUUCAAGUAUCUCUCGUGAUGUUGAGAGUAAAACAACAGCCGAUUGCGUUCAAUUAUAUUACUUCUGGAAAAAGCUAUGCAAUGAAUAUAAAUCUACACAUCUUCCCCAACACAAUCGUGAAAGCUACAAUGAAAAUAACAGUAACAAUAACACAACAAAUUGCGAAAAUAAUUUUUUUGAUUAUUCCAACAACCAUAAUAAUUCGAAUAAUUUAACGAUCCAUAACGGAAAUAUUAUUGGACAGAAUAAUCCAACCACUGUCAACCAAAACUCUGAACUACGACCUCAUGUAUGCGAAGUUCCUGACUGUUCGGCCAGUUUUUCAUCCCGCGUUGCUUUGCAUGGACACACACGCAUUCACUGUAUCGGACGAAGCAUGAACCAGUUGAAUAAUGGUAAUUUAUUAAACAAUACUAUCCAAGCGGGAACAAACUUAAAGGAUGAUUUUCCCUGCAAGGUGUGCGGCAAGUAAGACCCUAGAUAGAUGUCCUCACUAGGCACUUUGAUUGUUUACUUUAUCAUUAAUUGUCUUGUCUUCUUACUUAGUCAAAUAAUUUAAGUUUGUUUUCAUCAUUUUAUUACAUAAAUAUUUAGAUUUACUUAAUGAGUUGAAAGCAUAUUUAGAUAAACGCAAAUUAUAAUUUAUUUCUUUAUAAUCAUAAAAUUAGAAAUAAUUUAGAAUGAAUUUGUUCUUUAAUUUCGUUUGAGUCAAAUGACAUAUAAAAUUUAAGUUUUUUUAUUUUUCGUCUUGUCCGAUUUCCUGUUUAAAAAAAUUAUAUGAAAAGCGAGUAAACAAAAUUUAAUGACAUUAAAUUAUUUCACUCUUUUUUCUUAUCUCAGAGUUUUCAAU